AUGAAGGCUACACCCCUCCUCGUCACCUGGCACAACGAGAAUCAGGCCAUAUACUCGGUUCACUAUGAUCCCAAUGGCAAGGGCAGACUCUGGAGCAUCGAAUCGGUAGGGGACGAGCGUAAAGUAACAUACCUAUCGACCCUCACGAGACAUACUGCUUCAGUGAAUGUCGUCCGCUUCUGUCCCAAAGGUGAAACGCUUGCAUCCGCUGGCGACGAUGGGAAUAUCCUGCUAUGGGUUCCCGCCGAUGCACCUACUGCUGCUAUGGGAGAAGACCAUUCGGAAGACAAGGAGUCAUGGCGAGUCAAGCACAUGAUCCGGACAAGCACCGGCGCCGAAAUCUAUGACCUCGCUUGGUCGCCCGAUGGCAUGUACUUCAUCACAGGAGGCAUGGACAAUACAACACGCAUAUACAAUGGGCAAACAGGUGCUUUGAUACGACAGAUCGCAGAGCAUAACCACUACAUUCAGGGCGUGGCGUGGGAUCCGCUUAACGAAUUCGUGGCUACCCAAUCCUCCGACCGCUCAGUCCACAUCUAUGCUCUCAAGCUUAAGGAUGGCACGUGCACCCUUCAGACGUUCGGCAAGUUCAACAAGAUGGACUUGCCUGGCCGUCGAAUAUCCUCCAACAGUCCAGCGCCCGAUCAUCACCAUCGAGUGUCCAGUGCCAGUGCCACCAACGCUCCAAUCGCGUCGCCCGCGCCUAGCAAUCCUGGCACGCCCCUGACUACACCCUUGCCCAUGGACCCUCCAGCAGCUAUGACACAGAGUCGUCGAUCGUCGUUUGGGUCGUCACCUUCCUUCCGUCGCUCGGCAUCUCCGGCUCCUUCGCUGCCACUGCCUGCUGUCAGACCAGAAAUCUCCUCACCAAGCUUGAAUGCUGCGAUGGGCCUCGCAGUACGCAAUACCAACAUCUACCACAACGAGACUCUCACUUCUUUCUUCCGACGAUUGACGUUCACACCGGAUGGGAGUCUUUUGUUCACUCCUGCUGGCCAGUACAAAGUCUCUCAUCCCAUCCCUACAGAGCCAACAAAGACAAUAGACGAAGUCCAGAACACCGUCUACAUCUACACUCGGGCUGGCUUCAACAAGCCGCCUGUAGCCCACUUACCAGGACACAAGAAGCCAUCAAUAGCAGUCAAAUGCUCUCCUAUUUUUUACAACCUACGCCAAAGUGCUAGGCCCACCAACUACAUUACCAUCGACACAGCAUCAGCCGGCGAAGAAAUACCUCUAUUACCAGAUCCUAUCGUGCCACACGCCUCAAUGGAUCCUCCACCUCUGAUGCACACCAACUCCUCACUGGGAGACACGAGUCGACCAACAUCAUCACCAAAGCCUCCCGAUGCUGAUCUUGUCGCUCCCACUCCAGUGUUUGCGCUACCAUACCGCAUGGUAUACGCUGUUGCCACACAGGAUGCAGUAUUCGUCUAUGACACACAACAAACGAUACCUUUGGCGGUCGUGAGUAAUCUUCACUUCGCUACGUUUUCGGAUCUGUCAUGGUCCAACGAUGGCUUGACAUUAAUUAUGUCGUCCUCGGACGGCUUCUGCUCCACGUUAUCGUUCUCCCCUGGCGAACUUGGCCAGAUAUAUACAGGCCAAGUACCUACACAUCAUCAUCCGGUCGUCUCAACUUCGAUUGCGUUACCUACCUCCUCAGCUGAUACAACCCGGAUACCGACACCUACAGCAACAGCUUCGCCAUCUCUAACCAAGGCAUCUCCUAUUCUCCAGCCACCAUCACACCCAUCACCUGCGCCUACCUUUUCGAUACGACCUGGUAGUCCCACUCGGUCGAACUCUCAGUCGUCCAUUGCCACAAUGGCAUCGAUACAGACUGGCGCGCAGUCAAUAACCAACAAUCCUACUCCGACGCUUGGCCACGUGCCGUUAGCGACGGCUAUGAAUACUGCACCACCAUUGACCAUACCACCGAUGAACACUCCUCCACAGACACCCGCCAGUGCACAUGGUGGUCUGCAUAGUGCAACAUCAUCUGUGUCGGGAAGUGUGCUCGGCAAGCGUGACUCGGUGACUGCAAAUGCAAGCGAAUCAGAAAAGGAGGACGGCGCUCGAUCUAAGAAACGACGCGUCGCGCCGACAUUGGUUGGCCCGACAGUGUCGGUUUCGAGCGUCGAGCAGGAUAAAUCAGAGCAGUCGUGA